AUGGGACGGGUUUGCGGGUUCCAAUGGAACAUGUGCAUUGAAACUGGGGCUACCGGCACAACGACGUUGGAUUACCCGGAAUGCCCGCCUUGUCCCUACGGCAGCAUGGCUACCUAUCAAGUUGCUUGCGCCAAAAGAGUCCAGCCCUUGGAUGAACGGACUUUUGUUGCGAAGUCACCUGUCCACGUUGAAUUCCACCAAGAGUCCGUGAUCAUCAUCGCCAUCAUGUCCAUCAGAGGGCCCUUCUCACCAUCCCCCAUCAAGCAAAACCUAAUUACCCGUCAAACUUUCGUGGCAAGAGAAGAGAUAAUUGUCCGAGACGCGACGACUAUCCGCAAGACCCUGUUGAUUAAGCCCGGUCAAUCAAUCUCAAGUGCAACUUCUUGCCAGCCUAAUCACAUCCACUUGCCCCCGCCAGUCCAUCAGGUAAACCUGACAGAGCUUGAAGCCUUGACCAGCGCAAUAUGGAUCUUGGACGGUAUCAGAAUUUUCACCCAGAAUCGCCAUAGUUCAGAGGAUGAGAAUGAGAUGAGGAGACGAGCCCAUCUGGGAGGGAUUGCUCGAGCUCAGACCCCAUCCCUCACGAAGCGACAGGGCCUGAACUUCCUAAACUUCCUGAAGGAUGCAGCGAAAAACGGAGCUAGUGGGUGGCUUGGCUACCAGUCUGCGGUAAAGCGCAAGAUUGACUUUCUGCUCUUCCCGCAUCGUUCGUCAGGUGAACUUUACGCUUUCCAACGAGCCGGGCACCCGGGCAGGCAAGCAAAGCAGUGGUUGGUCCAGGAUUUGACUCGAUCAAUAUCCCACUCCCGCCGCCCGGCCCCCAAUCCUCUCGUAUCGGUGCAGGGCAAGCCUGACAGCAGUCUUUGGCAGCUCGUCACUGUGACUCGUGAGCUGACGUACCUCUCCUACGACUCGCGCCUCUCUUGCACAGUAGCUUUUUUUUCACUUACCUACCUCGGCACUUACACCUGUAAUGUGACUUGUUCAUCACGUCUAUCGCGCCCUCCACAGUUCCUCUCCGACUCGGAUACGAAACGACAUGCGGACGGUCUUACCGAACCCGCCGGGAAUCGCCCACGUCAAAUCCGGACCUCAGUCCGCGACCGAGAAUGGGGAAUGGGGAGCGGAGCCCGGCCUGUCGAACAAACAAAGAAGGACGCGCGACCUACCUAUGCGUACAGCCUACCCAAGCCUAGGCGUGCUAGGCAGGUUCCCAAGUUCCCAAGGGGAAAAAAAGAUGGUGAGACCAACACCCGUGGCGGCGUGACCCAACAAAGAGAAGAAGAAACCAAAAAAACGUCACUUCAAAUGCCGUCCGCCGUUGAAGGGGGGCGGCGCACUGGAAUCGUUUCGGGUACCUGGGGCCACACAGCCAGGUGGACUUUUUUUCCUCGAUCAGUCAUAAACGCUGCGGCGCUAAGGCAGGCGUACAAGACAAUGCCUAAGAAAAGACUUGGGAAGAAGAAUGGGAAUCGGGAAAAGGCCUCAGAGAUUCAGAAAAAAGAAACCAUAAAACAUCCGAUUGGCGAAUACAAACGCAUGACGACGGUUUACAAAGUUGUUUUUGCGGCGAAAAGAAAUGAAAAUCCAUCUUCUCACCCCCUCCUCCUCUGCUUCCGCCUCCGCCUCCUCUCUCUCACACUGAAUUGGAUCCGCGACCAACAAGAUAAGAGCUCAAACGAGAAGAAUCCCAACUCGAUGACGGUGAACCUUCCCGAGAGAGAGGUAUCCGAGCGUCGGGUCGCCGCUCACAAGAAGAAAUGUUCCCAUGUUCCAAAUGCGAUGCUGGCUGCCGGCCUCCGAACAUGCUGGAGAGAUUACAACGAGCGUAGAGAAAAGUACGCUUUGGCCGCUGCCAAAAAAAAAUUGGAUGGAUGUUGA